AGUUUUUUUCUCAUAUUCCAACUUAUCUAUAUAUAUUCACUAACAAACGCAGUUUCACGCACAUCACGUUAAGUAAUUUUCUCUCCUUCCAAACACGCCUUUACCGAUCAUGUCCACCGAUCUCCACCUCCACCAUCAGUUACCUAAACUCCGAAUCUCCGCCGUCAAACUCGACGACGUUGACGCCGACGUUCCCUCCUCCGAUCAAAUCCUUGAGGUUCCUGUCGACGAUAUCCCGUCGUCUCCAGUCACACAACCAGAAACCGAAACCGAAAACGAAAACGAGAACAACGGCGCCGUCGUUGAUGGAGAGAACGGAAACGACGAGAGUUACCGGACUCCGACUUCGAAGGAAAGCAAAAUACCGGAGAUCUUGAAUUGUCCGCCGGCGCCGAAGAAACCGAAGCCGUUCGUUUCGUGUAAGAGGAAGCUUAUGGAUGAAUUUCAAUUCUUCGAGGUUUCGAGUAACGAAGACAUGGACGCGUUUUUCAGAUCCACUUUUCCAAAGAGGACUUGUCCUUGUACAUGAAAAUUGAGCAAAUCAAACUCUCUGCAAUUCAGUCUCGAACACUGCCUUGGUGCUCGCCGGUUAAAUUACGUAAAUUAAUUACACGAUUUUUCUUCUUUUAUCGAAUUCCUCUUCUUCUUCAAUCAUGAUGAUCCAUUUCUUUCUUUCUUUUUGUUCUUUUAUAUGUUAAUUAUAUAUAUAUAUAUAGGUAUUUCACUUUGUAUAAGAUGUGAAAUAUUGGAUCUGAAUCGUAUAUGUGAAUUAAUCAAUGGAAAUCGAUCAACAUAAUGUUGAAUUCUCUA